AUGUCGGACGAAGAACUAUUUUCAGAAGAUUCUUACGAAUUCGAGUUUGAAGAAGAAGAACAUGACAAUGCCGGAUCAGGUGAUGAGAAUAAUGCAAUCAAUGAGGAUGAAGAAGAUCAAGGGAUAGAGAACCGAUAUUAUAUGGCAAAGAGCUCCAAAGAUGAUGAAGUGGAUAAAGCAAUUGUUGACUUUAAAAAGAUUAUAGAAUCUUCCUUUGAUGAUGAUGAUGAUGCCAACGAAUGGAUUUUCAAAUCGUACAAACAAUUGAUAAAGCUAUAUUUAGCCGAAGGCAAACUCAGCGAGGUCUUGACGACAAUGAACCAGAUGUUGCCACUUUUGCCUCGGUUGAACAAGUCGUAUGUUGAAGAAUCGCUAUCAAGAAUGAUUGUACGGUAUGCAAAUGUACCCCAGCCUGACUUCAUCAAGAAUGUAUAUCAGUUGUUGUUGGAACAAGAAUACUUUCGUAAUGAAAAAUUGUGGUUGAAGGUGAAUUCAAAUUUACUUGCCUUAUACUUGGAAACAGGCGAAUUGGACAAGGUACCGGAGUUGUUGAAUGUUAUUCAUGACAAAUUCCCCACUAUACCCGAAUCAAUACAAAAAUUGUUCACCUUGGAAAUCAUUGCUGGAGAAAUUGAGUAUUUGUUUAAGCUAGAAGAGCUAGAUAUACCGAAAUUGACUCAUUUGUAUAAACAAAGUAGCAAGUUUACCACAGCAGUCACCCAUCCAAAGAUUCUAGGAGUAAUUAAAGAAUGUGGAGCUCGAGUACAAUUUCAUCGUGAAAAUUAUGAAAAAGCUCGCGCUGAGUUUUACGAAAGUUUUAAAAAUUAUGAUGAAGCAGGGGCUGCAGCAAAGAAUAAGAUUUUGAAAUAUCUUGCAUUAUGUUCAUUGCUAUGUAAUAAUGAUUUAGACCCUUUCCAAUCACAGGAAACGCAAACCUAUUCACAAUUUGCCGAAUUUGAUAAUUUGAAAAACAUGAUCAAGGCAUAUAAUGGCAUGUCGGUGAUUGAAUUUAAUAAAGUGUUGCAACAAGAUGAUGAAUUUUUCAAUGACGAAAUAUUCAAACAAGCUUCGCAACAAAUUCUGGAAAAUUUACGAAUUCGAGUGUUGAUGAAGAGUAUCAGUUCAUCUGAGUGGAAAUUUAAGGAUUUGUAUCUGCUUUUGCAAACUGAAGGAGAUGAAUUUAGUGACUUGUUGGUGAAGUUGAUGGGAACUGGAAGGUUGAUUGAUGCAAAGGUUGAUUUUGAAAAUGAAGUGAUUGUUCAUGAACCACGAACUAGUUUACUUGUUCCAACUACGGCGAAACAAAUCUAUUACAAUGUUAAACUUUUGGAUACAUUGACCACUACACAAGUCGAUAGUAUGGUUAUCGAAGAAAAAAACUUGCUCUUUUCAGGACCCCAACCACCGCAAAACCUUGAUUUUUUGCCCAAAAUGUUUUUCCUAAUAGAUCGACCCAAGAAACCUCAAGAUUGGUUCAAGUCUAUUGAAUGCUGGUACAUGUACAUAAUGUCAUUUUCACCGCAAACCUGUCAUUUAGAGAUAAGUCAGCAUGAACAAGUCCUUGAUGAAAUAGAAGAAAGGAAUAAACAGAGCAAAGUUGGUGGCGACAAUACAGCAGUUGCAAAUGAAUUGGCUAAUUUCAAUACUGGUUUGUUGAAUUCGACAAUGCACGAUGCAUACGAUGACGAGGAGAUUGAGACUGUUGAGGUUAAAAAGGUGAACUUGCUACAAUCGUGGGUAAAUGCGUUGAAGGGGACAUAG